UUGAUUUCGUCUUUUCCCCCUACGUAGCGGUGACGCAUGUCACGUGACGCAGUGACGUUUACAGUCGGAACCGGAACUAAAACAACAACAGGUGUAGCGAGAAAGACUGUUAUUGCUGGUGUUAGUUUUACUGAGUAUUUGUAAAUUUAAGCCGUUGCUUAAACAACUAUGGAGACUCGCUUCACCAGAGGCAAGUCCGCUAUUCUGGAGCGGCCUCUGAGCCGACCCAAAACCGAGGUGAGCGUCAGCGCCUUCGCCCUGCUCUUCUCGGAGGUGGUGCAGUACUGCCAGAGCCGGGUGUACUCUGUGACGGAGCUGCAGGCUCGUCUGUCGGAGAUGGGCCAGCGGGUCGGAGGCAGCCUGCUGGACGUGCUGGUGCUGAGAGAGAAGAACGGCAAGAGGGAGACCAAGGUCCUGAACAUACUGCUGUUCAUCAAGGUAUCCGUGUGGAGAGCUCUAUUCGGCAAGGAGGCGGACAAGCUGGAGCAGGCCAACGACGACGACAAGACUUACUACAUCAUCGAAAAAGAGCCCCUGGUCAACACAUACAUCUCUGUUCCCAAGGAGAACAGCAGCCUGAACUGUGCCGCCUUCACAGGGGGCAUCAUAGAAGCCAUCCUCACACACAGCGGUUUCCCCGCCAAGGUCACAGUCCACUGGCACAAGGGCACCACACUUAUGAUCAAGUUUGAUGAGGCGGUGAUUGCCAGAGACAAAUCGCUUGAUUUGAGAUAGAGGGAAGACUGGGACCGUGUGUGGGUGGAGGUAUUGAUUGUCCACUGGGUUGCCUCCCCCACUGCUGCAGACUGUGAUAAAGAAAAAUUUACAAAUUAGAGAAAUGCAAAGGACACAAAAGCCUGCAAGUAAAAAAAAAGUUACAUUAUUGAUAAAUGUGCAGGUUAUUGUUAAUAUGUGAAGUACGGAAGUGCAUAAUAUUCACAAACAAAAUUGGGGAACUAUAUAAUUAUAUUGUUUUCUCCCUGAGGUGGAACACAUCAAAACAUAUCUGAUAUAUCUGGCCAUGAUUGCAAGCUUGAUCCUUAUAGCAUUAUAGCAUCUAAAUCCUUUAGCAUGUUUUAACCUGGAAUUCUGUAUUACAAGAUAAUGUCUCCAUGCACUUCCUUAAUAGUCUGUGUUUGUUCAUCUAAAACAGGUGAUCUCAAUCUUGUGCAUACAAUACUUAUUUGAACAGAAUAUUUAGGCUGAAUUAAACAAUUUCCAAGAGAGGGAUGAAAAUUAUUCAAGUAUUGUUCUAUUACUUUAUUUUUCAGAAUAUCUAGAAAAACAUUUGUAAUGACACUGUUCUCCGCAGACUGUCUUUACCUGUUACUGGAAUUUAUUCAAAAUCUGGGCAGCUCCAUUGUGUUUGAUGUGUAUAUGCAGGUUUAUAGCUGUAUUUUCACUCUGAAAUAUUUAAAUAAAAAACAUGGUGAAAGGUU